GAAACCGCCAUCACCUUCAACCACUAGGCCGUCCUCUGCAAAAUUCUGAUUUUCAUCUUCUGUCCUCAAAUUCACUUGCGGCUGGUGGUUUUCUUGGCACUUUCUCUAUCAUAGCCAGUAGUGCUGCGGCAGCGUGCCAUGUUAUAGUUUGAGGAGGAAGGAUUCAAGUUGUCAUCAUGAUAUUUCUGGGAAAAGUAAGAUUGUUCUCUCUUUCUGAUGUCUCAUUAUGUUGCAAAAUUUUGCAUUGGAGGAGAUGUCAUCACAGCAACUGAGUAUAUCAAGGACCCUGGAAGCAUAACAUCAAGUGGAGGUGUCUACAGAAUGGGGUUCUUUAGCCCGAACGGUUCUGCAAAUCGCUAUGUGGGGAUUUGGUACAAUAAUGUUCCUAAAUCUAAUGUUCUCUGGGUAGCGAACAGGGAGAAUCCGAUUUUAGACUCUUCUGGUGUUGUGACGAUAUCCGAUGAUGGUAAUCUUGUGGUCAUAAAUGGAAAGAGGGAAUUAGUUUGGUCAUCAAUUGUUUCCAACUCUGUAGCCGAUGCAGAAGCUCAGUUGUUAGAUUCUGGGAAUCUUGUCUUGCUCAAACAGAGCUCUAACUCUAGUGCAAAUGCUGCAGAGACUCUUUGGGAAAGUUUCCAGCACAUGACCGAUUCGUUCUUAGCGAAAAUGAAGCUCAGCACUAACUCAAAAACAAAUGAGAAGCAGGCACUAACAUCUUGGAGAAGCCCUUCUGAUCCAUCAAUUGGAAGCUUCUCAGCGAAUCUUGAUCCACGAAACAUUCCUGAACUUUUCAUUUGGAACGGCAGUUCUCUUUAUUGGCGGAGUGGCCCAUGGAAUGGUAAUAUAUACAUUGGAGUACCUAAGAUGCAAUCAGUCUAUAUUGAUGGGUAUAGCCUGGUCGACGAUCAUGAAGGAACAGUCUAUCUGACCUACAGUUUUGCUGAGGCGUCUUAUUUGUCAUACUUGUUAUUGGAAUCAAAUGGGGAAUUGGUGCAACCAUAUUUGGAUCAGAAUAGCAGUUCCUGGGGUAUUGUUUGGUCAUCUCGAGUGAGCGAUUGUGAUGUCUAUGGCCAGUGCGAACCGUUUGGAAUCUGCGAUGCCGAGAAAUCACCAAUUUGUAGCUGCUUGAGAGGCUUUGAGCCUAAAAACUUUGAGGAAUGGAGCAGAGGAAAUUGGUCCAGUGGAUGCAUCCGGACAUCAUUGUUGUAGUGCAAUGGAACUACAAAUGGUAGCAGUACAGCCGGCAAAAAGGAUGGAUUUUUAAAGCUGGAACUGAUGAAAGUGCUAAAUUCUGGAUAUUUUUUUUCUACUCUUGAAGAUGUUUGCCGAGGAAAUUGCUCAAUUAAUUGUUCGUGUGUAGCAUAUGCAUAUGACUCUGGUGUCGGCUGCACGCACUGGAGAGGAGACUUAAUUGACCUACAGAAGUUCUCCGAUGGAGGAACAACUCUUUACGUUCGGCUGGCCCACUCAGAACUUGAUGAAAAGAGACAUCUGAUAGAAAUCAUAGCAACUAUAGUCAUCAUAGGGACACUCAUUGUCAUCAUCACAAUAUGGUUUGCCAGGAGGAAGGCGAAAAAACGAGUAAAGGAAAGCAAGGAAAAACAUUUGUCCAGUGGAGAAGCCUCUUCAGUGGCAAUGCUUGGAGAGAACUUGAGCAGAGUUAAAUUCCAGGAGUUUGUGAACUACAAAAUUGAAGAAUUGGCUGCAGCAACAGGAAACUUCGGUGAGACCAAAUAAGCUUGGACGGGGUGGUUUCGGGCCAGUAUAUAAGGGGACAAUACCAAACGGUCAGGAAAUAGCAAUCAAGAGGCUAUCGAGAGCCUCAGGACAAGGGCAGCAGGAAUUAAUGAACGAAAUGGUGGUCAUUUGUAAGGUCCAACAUCGAAAUCUUGUUUGACUUCUCGGAUGCUGUGUUGAAGGAGAUGAGAAAAUGUUAAUCUAUGAAUUCAUGCCAAACAAGAGUCUAGACACAUUUCUUUUUGGUAAUAUUUCGCUUAUCUCAAUGUUGCCUCGAACUGUCAUUUAUACAAUUUAUCCAGAAAGCCUCAUUUGUAUAGUUAGCCAUUUGAACAGGAUUGGACUGUUCUUGCUGCAGAUGCCAUAAGUUUUCUGUUUGGCUUUGAACUUCUGUGCAUUUUACCCUUUUCCAGUUGCGAAAAUGAGUUGUUUGCAUUAAACUUCUAUGUCUAUUCAGAUCCACUUAAACGAGUAUAUUUGGAUUGGAGAACACGGUUCAACAUAGUCGAUGGAAUUUGUUGAGGUCUACUUUAUCUUCAUAGGGACUCUAGACUUAGGAUUAUUCAUAGAGAUUUGAAGGCAAGCAAUAUCCUGCUGGAUGAAGAGCUCAAUCCAAAAUUUCAGACUUUGGAAUGGCUCGGAUAUUUGGGAGAAACGAAAAUCAAGCUAACACACGAAGAGUUGCGGGAACCUAUGGUUACAUGGCUCCUGAAUAUGCAAUGGAAGGGCUUUUUUCGGAAAAAUUAUGUCUUUAGCUUCGGCAUCUUAUUACUGGAGAUCAUAAGUGGAAGACAGAACACCAUUUUUCAUGAGGAAGAUCAAUGCUUGAGCCUUCUAGGACUGGCAUGGAAGUUAUGGAAUGAAGACAAUGUAUUAGCACUAGUGGACCCAAACAUACCUGUGACAUGCUUUGAGGUUGAGCUUUUAAGGUGCAGAAAUGUGGGGCUUCUUUGUACACAAGAAAGGGCAAAAGAUAGGCUUUCCAUAUCAACUGUUAUUUCAAUGAUCAACAGUGAAAUUGCGGAUCUUCCUCGUCCGAAGCAACCUGCAUUCACCGCGAGGAAACUAACAAGACACAGAUUCCUCUGGACAAAGCCAAAAGACAUGCUCGACCAAUGAUGUUACUCUUUCCGUUGUUCAAGGCAGAUGACAUGAUCUGAAGUUUUGCACAAUU